AUGAAGCGCGGUCGUCAUCCUCAGCGCCUAGAAGGCACCCACCGUUGCGUAGAAUUUGAGGACGACUGUGACAGAGUACACUCUCGAACGUCUGGCAUCGAUCGACGUGGACAUACGUCCUCAUCUGAGUCCAAACCCUUACACGGCAAAGCAGGUUGGACCCUCGGAAGUAUGUGGAACCCUCCAGACGAUUCCGAGCUUUCACUCGACGUAGAUGGGAGCAGUUACGAGGACCAGAUGAAUGCAGAAGUGUUUGAAAGUACCAUCUUCCACGACACAAUGGAACCUCAAAAGGCAAUGAGGUCAAAAGUUUCGGUUACUCGCCACGACGGACGAGGAGACGCUCACCAGAGUCUGAAAUGUCCCAACUGUAUCGCUCGGAAUGUUGAGGAAGAGGUGCAGGGAGAGCCGGAGGUUUGGUGUAAGGAUUGUUUUCUCAGUGAUUUGGUCUGCACAUCCUGUUGCGUCCGUCGGCAUAGGCAGAAUCCAUUCCACCGCAUCGAGAAGGUGGUGAAGACUUGUGCAACGUUCUGGCUGUUGGAGUUGCUCCACCUCUUUUCCCUUGUCUCCAAAACAUCCACAUAUCAUUUUUAUUGCACGUUAGAGAGAAUGACGGAUAAUACGGGGCUGAAUACACCGCCCUCUCGUAAAGCAGCCCUGAUGCGUAUGCUUAUUCAAUGGUGUCACUUGAAGCUGUUAAAGAGAGGUGGGCGAGUGCACGACAUCACUGGACCUGAGGGUACAAAGCCAGGCGAGCUUGCCGUCCUCUGCCCAUCUUGUCCUCGGCCAGGAAUAAACCUACCUCCAGACUGGGAUCAAGCACCUCCCCACUUAAAAUUUUUGUAUAUUUUGCUUAUAUGCAUCGACGCGAACUUCUGGCUUAAGAACCAGAUUGUGUCAUCGUAUUUGAGAGACCCAGGUCUCGGUAUCGGUUGGGCGUACUUCACUGCCCGCGAGCCUUAUGAGGAAUACAUUCAAAGUCGAGCUACAGAUGCAGACAUUGGGCUCUGUUACACAGUGACCCCACUGGUGCCAAAGUUCCAUGAGCCAGGUCAUAAAGCAGAGGACCACGAACAAUUCUCUUUCAACCUUGCUGAAGGCGCCGCUUUAUCGGAUGGAGAAUGUCCUGAAAGGAUAUGGGCACCCCACAACAUUCUAGGAAACUCAACCAAGACUGCGGGGCCAGGUACGAGGCAGGAUCUGAUUGACGACCAUUUCGGAUUUUGGAACUGGCUCAAAUAUUGCUGCAUGGAUUUGACUGAGGAUGAGGUUCAUAAAGAGUUGGCCGAGGAAGAGGAGGCUCACAGGCACAAUGGGGGACAGGUGGUUCAUGACAUGAGUCCUUCAGCUUUUAUGGUUUUUGGUUUGGCCCUUGAGGAGUCGCAGAAACUGAAAGCCAAUCUGACUGCUCACCAAGACGCUCACAUUGCAGAGCAGCAAAGUCUUCUCCGGUCCAAGAUCAAAAAAUUCGAAGAGUUGCGUGCCACAUACAUGCCUGGGCUCCUGCAGUUUAUUACCGAGACUCAGGAGGUGGAUUAUUCAUCAACCGGGGCAUUAGCGGAGGAGGUGAGACUAUGGCUACCCUCCUGCAUACCGGUGGAUCGCAGGAGCCAGGUAUGCGAGGCCUCUUUAUCAAAAAUGGAGGAGCGUCUACGCACAGCGCAAUGCCAUGACUCAUUAGGUUCGAUUCGCCACAUCUUGUGCUUGAAAAUGUGGAUGGUUGAGUACAAGAACAAGAAUGUACGAGGUCAGCAGGACAGAACACGUUUGCGGAUGGGCAUUGAUGCCAUUCAUGAACGGGCACUAGCAGCAGCAAUCAAGUACCGUAUGGCAAGGGAGGCAAAAAUGAAGCUGAGUGGCCCGGGGGAUUGGGAGGAGGGGCUUCAUAAGCUCGAAGAUGGCGAUAUCCAUUCCUAUCAAGAUCCAGAUCAUCUCCGUAAAGGAACAGGUCACCGAGGAACGAAUGAAGAUAGCUGGGAGCCAGGAUUGGUUCCCGAACUUCCUGAACCCGGCAUCGAUCUGUAUCAAGAUAGUCGAGAAAAACAUGAUGGGACUGGCCAAACCUGGCGUACUCUUUCUUGGAUUUGGACAACGAUGAAGAUCAACCUAGCGGAUGGGGCUGAUGAAAACGACGAUGAAGUGCUAUGUUCGGAAUGGUGUCACAGUCGUGCAAGAGCACAUCGGGCACGUGAGGAAGUUUUGCUCCUCCGGGAGGAAAUGCGCAGAACCUUGAGAUUCUUGGAAUGGCGAGGGGAGUGGUGGAUGCAACGGCGGGAUGCAUGUGAGUUAGGCGGUGCACUGCGUGAAGCGGUGGAUGCCUAUGCUCUCAAACAAAGUGAUAUACAGCAUCAGCUGGCAGUCAAGUUUCGGGAUCUCUGGUUGACAGCUCUAGACGAUGGACGAAUGGAGAAUGCGCCACGUUCCGAACUGCAUCCCAGCGAUGAUGAUGAUGCCAGCAGCGAUGGUGAUAGGGAUGAACUAAACAUCAGGAUUUGGAGUGACGAGGAGGAGGUGGAGCUGGAUGAGGAGGAUUAUGCGGAUCUCUGA